CUCUGUGAGCCUAUCACGAAGCAGCUUCCCUGUAGCACCGGCCAAUCAGCUUUCAGUUUAGAGGGUUUAACUCAUAUUUAAAAAGAGGAACCUUUGAAUCGUAACGGCUGAGCUUUUGAAAGGACUCAGUGGCCUUUAGCUUGAAUGCAGGAGAGCCGGCGGGUUGGCAUCAUGGACAGAGCUAAAGAAAACUGCAUUUCAGGGUCUGUAAAGGCCACCGCUCCCCUGGGUGACCGUCUGAAGUGUGCCUUGGCAACGCAGCCGUUUCCCUCUCAGCACCCGCCAUCCGGAAGCAGUGGCCAGGCCCAGCGGGUCCUGUGUCCUUCCAAUGCCCCCCAGCGGGUUCCUUCUCAAGCGCAGACGCUUGUCGGUACUCAGAAAGCAGCGCAGAGGCAGCUGCAGGCCCCCAGCGGACCCCGUCCUGCCCCCCGGCCGGUGAACAACUCUCAGAAGAGUGAGCAGCCCCAGCCGGUGGCUUCCGGUGAGCAGCUCUGGAGCUUCUGUGUGUCGUCAUUGCAUGGAGUUGUUGCCAGGAGCUAUAUCACAGAAUUGGCAAAUGCCCUGUCUUACUGUCAUUCCAAGAGAGUUAUUCAUAGAGAUAUUAAACCAGAGAACCUGCUGCUGGGAUCAACUGGAGAGUUGAAGAUUGCAGAUUUUGGGUGGUCGGUACACGCUCCAUCCUCCAGGAGGACCACUCUGUGUGGCACCCUGGACUACCUGCCGCCCGAGAUGAUCGAGGGCCGGAUGCAUGAUGAGAAGGUGGACCUGUGGAGCCUGGGAGUCCUUUGCUAUGAGUUUUUGGUCGGGAACCCUCCCUUUGAGGCGCACACUCACCAAGAGACCUACAAAAGGAUAUCACGGGUUGAAUAUACUUUCCCUGACUUUGUGACAGAGGGAGCCCGGGACUUCAUUUCGAGGCUGCUCAAGCAUAAUCCAAGCCAGAGGCCAACUCUUAGUGAAGUGCUUGAACACCCCUGGAUCACAGCAAAUUCCACCAAGCCAUCACCUUGCCAGAAAAGCCAAGCAGCAGCCAUCAAGUCAUCUUAGUCACGUAAAGGGCGGGGUCCUUGGAGCAGGGCUGCUGUGGAACCUUUGGG